GGCGCGCAGCAGCUCGCAGGCGCCAUGGCGGCCGCUCGCAGCGACAUGGCGGAGCCGCAGGGGCUGCUUCCUGGCGAGGCGGCGGCCGCUGAGGAGGAGGAGGCUGCGGCUGCGUCCUCCUCGUCGCCUUCGUCCUCGGCGGCAGCGGCCGCGGCGGAGACGGAGGCUCUGCUGCUGUUGAACGGCGAGGCGGAGAGCAUGUCGGAGCCGAGCCCGGAGAGCGCUAGCCAGGCCGGGGACGGGGAGGACGAAGAUGAAGAGGAAGAGGAGGAGGAGGAAGAGGAGGGCGGCGAAGAGGAGGAGAGCAGCCUGGUGGGGAGUAGCAGCACGAGCAGCGGCUGCUGCAGCGACGAGACCCGCUCGCUAAGCCCCGGCGGCAGCAGCGAGGCCGACGCCAAGGAGGAGCCCAAGGGCCUCCGGGGCAGCCAGGAGGACGGGCUGGGCCGCGGCGGUGGAGGCGGCGGCGGGGGGAGCAGCUCUAGCAGCGUGUCCAGCGGCGGCGACGAGGGCUACGGCACCGGCGGCGGCGGCGGCAGUAGCAGCGGCAGCAGCUGCAGCGCCACGUCGGGGGGUCGGCGGGGCAGCCUGGAGAUGUCCUCGGACGGGGAGCCCCUCAGCCGCAUGGACUCAGAGGACAGCAUAAGCAGCACUAUUAUGGACGUAGACAGCACAAUUUCUAGUGGGCGUUCGACUCCAGUUAUGAUGAACGGACAGGGAGUUCCUGCCUCCUCUGCAAAGAGCAUUGCUUAUAACUGUUGCUGGGACCACUGUCAUGCCUGCUUCAGCUCCAGCCCAGAUUUGGCGGAUCACAUUCGCUCCAUACACGUGGAUGGUCAACGAGGAGGGGUGUUUGUUUGCUUGUGGAAAGGUUGCAAAGUAUAUAAUACACCUUCAACAAGUCAAAGUUGGUUGCAGAGGCAUAUGCUAACACACAGUGGGGACAAACCUUUCAAGUGUGUGGUCGGUGGGUGCAAUGCCAGCUUUGCAUCUCAGGGAGGACUUGCCCGUCACGUGCCCACACACUUCAGCCAGCAGAACUCGUCAAAAGUUGCCAGCCAGCCCAAGGCCAAAGAGGAAUCUCCAUCUAAAGCUGGAAUGAAUAAAAGAAGAAAGCUGAAAAACAAGAGACGACGAUCAUUACCAAGACCUCAUGACUUCUUUGAUGCACAAACACUGGAUGCUAUAAGACAUCGAGCCAUCUGCUUUAACCUCUCGGCACAUAUAGAAAGCUUAGGAAAAGGCCACAGUGUUGUAUUUCAUAGUACUGUAAUAGCUAAAAGAAAAGAAGAUUCUGGAAAAAUAAAACUCUUGCUUCAUUGGACGCCAGAGGACAUUCUGCCUGAUGUGUGGGUAAAUGAAAGUGAGCGACAUCAGUUAAAAACUAAAGUAGUUCAUUUAUCAAAACUACCAAAAGAUACUGCCUUGCUUCUGGACCCAAACAUAUACAGAAAUUCUAGUAAAGGAGGUACAUACAGUGGAAUCCUGAAAGAUCACUUCUGUUAAGAUCACAUACUGAACAAUGCCACAGAAGAGGUUGAAGAGGUAAAGCCCAAGCGAGUGGGGACACCUGCAGUCUUAGUCACUGACAAUGGAUUUAGAAAUAAAGUUGCACAUUAGUCAAAUCCCAUCUUUUUUUUUUUAAAUCUUAGAUAAAUAUUUAUGCUUAGUGUGAACAUUCUGUGAAUGAAGUUGAUGCUUCUGUGGAAUAUAUUAAUAUAUAUAUUACUGUAUGUCCACAUUUUCAUGGAAUGGUACAGUGGGAGACUGAGCAAACACUCUUCUGGCAACUUAGUGGAACAACUAAAAGGCUUUGCAUGCUUGCUUCUUUAAGCUGCUUCUUUCUUUAGUGAAUACAGUAGUUUAUAUUUGCUGAAAAGAAAAAGUAACCAUCACCAUUUCCUCCCAAUUCCCAAGAGAACUCAUAACAAGCUACUAGGCUGCUUGUCAAUGUUAACUAAAUAUAACACGUGCCACACAAUAAAACAACUGCCAAGGGAUUGUCCUGGUGCCCUCUGAGCAUGGUGGAUAGUAAUCAUUUGUCAUUUGUAAUCUCUUGUCCCUUUGCAGAUCCCUAAAAUAUGUUGGAUGGUGAUGUUUAAGCAAAUGUUGAUGGAAUGCUUGUCUUUUCCAGUCUACUCUGAAUACAUAUAGUACGGUUUAAAGAUAUUGAGAGUGUUGCAGUAUGUCUGACCCCCUUUUUCAGGAGUAGUGUAGUAUGUUGAUGAGAUCUGCUUCUAUGUGAUCUGUAUCAGUGGAUGGUUUUUGAAAAACCUCUGCUUAAGCAAUUAGUGUUAUGGGUGGUUUACUUUUUUAACCUCGUAGGAUCCCCAUUCACUGUAAAGUGUUCUUUUUUUAUUAUUAUUUGGCCUAAUGAUUUCUAGAUGUAAAGAAAAUGGUAUUUUUAAGAAAAAAAUAAUCUAGAAGUUCAAUCCUUUAUGCACCAAAGUUGGCUUUGAAAAGGAAAGUAAAAUCAUUUUCUUGCUUAAUAAGCAAGGAGACAUGGAUUUUUUUAACUGACAAAUAGAGAUGUGUCUAACCUGUUAGUCUUUGUACGGAGACAAAAAUGUUGCAUAUAGAUAAUAGGACAUUGCUUGUAAAUAUUUCAGCAGAUUUGUAAUAUAUUUUUAUAUUAUGAAAUGUACUGUAGAUGUUUUUCUAGAGGCAUGAAAGUUCAAAUGUAUAUAUUACGGUAGAAAUAAUAUUGAAGGAUAUUGUAAUUCACUAGUGCUGCCAGAAGAAUUGUUUAAAAGAAAGCACCUUCCUUAACAAUAAAAGCCCUCUUCUUUUGCAUACCUAAGGGACUAUAUACUACUGUUAAUAUCUGUUGUAAGAACAAAAACACAUUGAACAUCCUUCCCAGAAAUCUUAGAGGGAUGAAUAGUACCCAUAAUUAAUUCAUGGCGCUCCUUUCUAGUAGUGAACGUGGAAUUAGUUUUUUCCUUACUCUUGGAAGGAACUAAUAUGUAAAAUGUGUAUGGAUAUAUGCAGUCAAACUGCAGAGUUAGUCCUCCUUGUUGGGGAGGAGUUUACUACAGUGAAACUAAUAACCAGCAGUUUUUACACUAAAUUUUUAUUAAAUAGAGUAAAAGUUAAAGUAACCCUUUGGUGGCAGGAGCGAGCGCAUCCUAACGUGGUGCGGAGCACGUUCUGCAUCGGUACUGACACGAGAGUCUCGCCGAGCUCCGGGGGGUUGAAAAUGUUACUUGUGUACACACACGCAAAAAGAAAUCUUAGCAGACAAAAAGAAGUGCAAAUUAAAAGCACCACUAAUAUAAGAUGUUCUGGAAUGGUUGUUUAAUAAGGGUAUCAUUCAUGAAAUCUGUAGUGAUGUGACUUUAUUUUUGGGAAAAAAAAUGCAGUGGUUUGGAUUUUUUUUUUUUUUUUUUGGUUGAGUUUUGGUUUCGUUUUGCCUUUUUGUUCAUUUGUUUUUCAUUUUGCUUGAGCACUUCACCUACUGCUUUUUCUGUACCUGUAAAGUAAUCCGUACUCCUCGUUUCUGUUCUGUUCUGGAUUUGUUAUAAGGUUGCCAAAUAGAAGUGUUUUCAGAUGUAGUUUGUAUUUGUAUUUUGUUAAUUUUAUUGCUUCCUGAGUUUCUUGUAAGUCAUUUAUAAUUGACAGAUGAUUGUAGACCUUGCCUGAGUAUUUUUUCUAAUAAAACCGAGCAAACGAACGUCA